AGGUUCACAGCUGGAAGGACUUUUGCUUUUGAUCUCAGAUGAGACUUUGGACUUUGGACUUUUAAGUUGGUGCUGGAGCAAGGCCUGCUUUAAGGCUGGUCAGUUCUGCAAGAAAAGAAAGGAGGAGGAGGCUGGCUCAAAUCUCUGUGGAGGACCCCCUGCAGUUGGCUGUGGGGCUUAAGGCCACUUGAACAAGGAAAGGAGGGGGAAAUUGUACCACAUCUGUGAAGAUCCACGUCCAGUGGCAGCUCUGGUGGUGUUGGAGUUGCUGCUGACCACCACCCUCAACAGGUCUGCACCCACCCAGGAACCAUCUAUCCUGCCCCAGCUUGGUUGUGCCUCUUCUGCACUUUGUGUUAUUAACUGAGACUGUGCUUGGGAAGGAAGCUGAUUGAUUACUAGACUGGGCAUUGACUAACUCUUGUUUCCAGCUUUAUCACCUAAAUCAUCAGAAGAUCAGAGUGUGAGGAAACAAACCUCUUACAUCUGUGGUCGAGUCUGAGACUGUGGUAGGGGUACUUAAUUAGACCUUCUCUGUAACCUGUACCAUGACUGGGGCAGAGAUUGAGCCUGGUGCCCAGGCCAAGCCCGAAAAGAAGGCUGGGGAAGAGGUUGUGGGUAGGGCUGAGAGAGAGAAUGAAGCCCCUCUGGUGGUCAGACCCAAGGUUAGGACCCAGGCCCAGGUAAUGAAUGGAGCAAGGCCCAAAACUGAGACCAAGUCUGUGCCUGGGGCAAGGCCCAAAACUGAGGCCCAGGGAAUAGCUGGAGCAAGACCCAAAACUGAGGGCCAGGCAAUGGCUAGGGCAAGGCCUAAAACUGAUCCCAGGACAAAAGGUAGCACACGUCCGAAGACUGAGACCAAGGUAAUCCCUGGGGUAAGGCCCAAGGAUGAAGCCCAGGCAUGGGAUCAGACUGAGUUUGUGGCCGAGGCCAUGUCACAGGCAGAGGGUGUGUCCCAGACUAAUGCCAUCCCUUGGCCACUGGUCAGUACUGAGUCUGCGUCACUUACUAAAUCUAAGGGCCUGUCUAUGGAUAGGGAACUGGUCAAUGUGGAUACUGAAACCUUUCCUGGUCCCCAGGGUCAGAAAGGAAUCCAACCCUGGUUUGGACCAGGAGAGGAGACUAACAUGGGGUCUUGGUGCUAUCCCAGGCCCAGGGCCAGAGAGGAGGCCUCUAAUGAGUCUGGAUUUUGGUCGGCAGAUGAGACCUCUACAGUGUCUUCUUUCUGGGCUGGAGAAGGAACCAGUAUCAGAUCAUGGCCCAGAGAAGAGGCCAAUACCAGGUCCAGGCACAGGGCUAAACAUCAGACUAACCCGAGGUCCAGGCCCAGAUACAAGCAAGAACCCUAUGUUGAUUUCUGGUCUGGGUCUGAGGAUGAGGCUGGCAACCUAUUUUGUUUCUGGUCUGGAGAAAAUACCAAUAACUUCUUCAGACCCAGAGUCAGGGAAGAGACAAAUAUCAGGUCCAAGCUCAGCACAAAGAGAGAGGACUGUUUUGAAUCUGAGUCUGAAGAUGAGUUCUAUAAGGAGUCCUGGUUUUUGCCUGGAGAAGAGGCCAAUAGUAGAGUCAGGCACAGAGAAAAGGAAGAUCCUAAAACCAUCUUGAAAGCCAGGUCCCAGAAAGAAGUAAAUAACAGUGAUAGGGUCAAUCAAGAGCCCAGAUGUGAGGAGGAAGUCAUUAUUGGGUCCUGGUUCUGGGAAGAAAAAGAGGCCAGUUUGGGGGCUGGGGCUUCGGCAGUCUGUCAGUCUGAGCCAGAGGCUGAGGAGGGAGCCAUUGGCGGAUCCUUGUUCUGGACUGAGGAAAAAUCCAGUUUGGGGGCUGUGGCCAGAGAAGAGGCCAGGCCAGAGUCUGAAGAAGAGGCCAUAUUUGGGUCCUGGUUCUGGGACAGAGAUGAGGCCUGCUUUGACCUAAAUCCCAAUCCGGUGUACAAGGCCAGUUGCAGAUUCAGAGAUUCAGUUGAGGAAGAACUUAAUGUGUCUUCUAGGCCCAAAACCUGGGAAGAGGUCACUGUUGAAUUCAAACCUGGUCCUUGUCAUGGGGUUGGCUUCCCAUCCACAAGCUCCUUUAGAAUUCCUGAAGGGGCUUCUGAAAUGUUUGAGGCAAAGCCAAAGAACAUGGAACUUAGCCCAGAAGGGGAAGAUCAGGAAUCUUUGCUUCAGCCUGAUCAGCCUGAACCCGAGUUCCCUUUUCAGUAUGAUCCUUCCUACCGCUCAGUCCGGGAAAUUCGAGAGCAUCUUAGGGCCAGGGAGAGUGUGGAGCCUGAGAGUUGGUCCUGCAGCUGCAUACAAUGUGAGCUUAAAAUUGGUUCUGGAGAGUUCGAAGAACUCCUUUUAUUAAUGGACAAAAUUCGGGAUCCUUUUAUUCAUGAGAUAUCUAAAAUUGCAAUGGGUAUGAGAAGUGCUUCUCAGUUUACCCGAGAUUUCAUUCGGGAUUCAGGUGUGGUCUCACUUAUUGAAACCUUGCUCAAUUAUCCAUCCUCCCGAGUUAGGACAAGUUUUUUGGAAAAUAUGAUUCGCAUGGCUCCACCUUAUCCAAAUCUAAACAUGAUUGAGACAUUCAUAUGUCAAGUGUGUGAGGAAACCCUUGCUCAUGGUGUAGAUUCCCCUGAGCAGCUGACUGGAAUAAGGAUGCUUAGACACCUCACUAUGACUCCUGACUAUCACACACUGGUUGCUAAUUAUAUGUCUGAGUUUCUCUCCUUAUUAACAACAGCCAAUGCAAGAACCAAGUUUCAUGUCCUGAAAAUGCUAUUGAAUUUGUCUGAAAAUCCUGCUGUGGCAAAAAAACUAUUCAGUGCCAAAGCUCUAUCAGUAUUUGUGGGUCUCUUUAACAUAGACGAGACAAAUGAUAAUAUUCAAAUUGUUAUUAAAAUGUUUCAGAAUAUCAGUAAUAUUAUAAAAAAUGGAGCAAUGUCCUUAAUUGAUGAAGAUUUCAGUCUUGAGCCACUUGUUUCUGCAUUCCGUGAAUUUGAGGAGUUAGCAAAGCAACUACAACUCCAAAUAGACAAUCAGAAUGAUCCCGGGGUAGGACAACAAAGUUAGUAUGAUUAAACACCUGCCGCUGAUCAGCCUUAUGUUCCCAAAGAACCCUGAGUAGUGCUUUGGUGUUCACAGUCUGGUUUUAUGUUGUAACAUAUUUUUAAUGCUGAUGUUAACUUUGUCAAAUUCUUGUUUUGAGCUGAAUCAUAUUGUGGAUGCCAAAUGAAUAUUAGAACUGAAAACACAUUUGUUGAUAUUUGUCUUGCCGUCCAGAUUGUGAUAUUUUUUCAGUAUUAAGCUUCCAAUGAACUGACUCACCUGAGUAAGCUAUCCUGCUAUUUGUUGUUUAA